ACGAGCUCACACCGUACGCCUCAUCAUUCGGCUGACCGCACGCUCACACACGCUCACGCACUCACACACACACACACACACAGGCGCGCGCGCGCGCGCAUCUUAUCAAAGUUCGGAUCUGGUGUGUAAUCGCGCGCGGUGGACUGCGGAGGGGAGCCGUGGCGCACUGGAGAACACGGUGGUGCUGUGGUUAAAGAUGGCAGCGAUCCUGUGGUGUCUGGGCCAGGCUAUCCUCCUUUCCACACUGACUACAGUAUAUGGUGCUGAGGUAGGCCCCAGGCAGGGUAAAUGGGGUGCUGGAGACUCCGACACCUUGCUAGCUCCGGAGGCGUGGUCGCAGCGGAACGCCCACUGGCGGAGCCUCAGCAAGGGUGCGAGCCAUCGGACGCCACAGACCGCUGGACGCCCUGAGGAUGAUGGCAUAGGCCUGGAAGGCUUGAGCCCCGUGAGGCUGGAAUCAGGCCCCCGGGAGAGACGGGGCCCUAUGGGGAAGAGGGAGAGUGGCCUCAUGGGCUUCGGGAUCCCUUCCCAGGAGUUGGGCAACCAGCCGCCAGGGGGCGAGGGGGCUCGCAAGGGGCGCCGACAGGGGCAUCACGCUUUGCAGAAGAAGCACGGAGCCCGCAGAGACAAAGCCCGGCUUGCUAAAGGACGCAUCCCUGUUCCAGAGCUGAGCUCUGUGAUACGGAAUGGAGAGGUGUUUGAAGACCAUUACCCCAAUUCAUCUCCUCCUGGGACCAUGACUCCACCCACCGCUGCCUCCACCCUCAGCGCCUCCUUGGUAACCACGGCGAUUACCGAGCCACCCCCGGCCCUGCCCCCAGCUUCCACCAAACCCCAGAAAUCAGGCCGGGGGAAGGGACAAGGAGAUGUGAUGCCCACGCUGGACAUGGCGCUCUUCGACUGGACUGACUACGAAGACAUGAAGCCCGCGGACACCUGGCCAUCAUCCAAGAAGAAAGACAAGCAGCGUAGUAAGAACCUGAGCAGUGGGAAUGUCACAGUGGAUCCAGAUGCCAUUGAACCGUGUGACCACCACUUAGACUGCCUUCCCGGCUCCUGCUGUGACCUGAGACAACACGAGUGCAAGCCACAUAACCGUGGGCUCAACAACAAGUGCUAUGACGACUGCAUGUGUGAGGACGGUCUUCGCUGCUAUGCCAAAUUCCACCGGAAGAGGAGGGUGACUCGCAGGAGGGGGCGCUGUGUGGAGCCUGAGUCGGCCAACGGCGACCAGGGAGCCUUCAUUACGGUCUAAAACAGCAGGAGGAGGGGUUGGGCAGAGGAGGGGGGCUGAUCAGGGCCACAAUCAGUCGGAGGGGACGUGGGAAGAGUCUGAAGAUCGUCCUCCCACCACAGGACCCAGGUGAACAAACCACCUGAGGCCCAGAGGACCUUGUCUCAGUUGUUAUACUUAUGUGGGCCUCUCUGCUCUUUGCACAGUAAAGUCCUGUAUUUGUAUGUAUUUGUGUGUGCAGCAGCAGGCCACGUGGUUGUAUCCCUUUCUCUUUACUUCAGUGACAGCCCCUGGCCUGUGCAAACGUAUCUUACACGGUUGAACUCGCGUCAUUUUAGAACUGGUUUUAACAUUAAACCUUGUAACAGU